UUUUUUUUCUUUGGGAAGAAGAUUUCUUUUUUCCCCCCUGUGGUUGGAAUGGAGGGGUUGGGUCUGUGCCUAAGAAGCAGCAGCCAAACGUCGGUCCUGGGAGAAACCCGAGUGGAUGUGGGGUCCCCUGCCAGCUAACUCUCCAGGAGCUGCAGCCCCACGGCCGGAGGGGCUGGAUGCAGUGAGAGAACCUCUCACGGGAUCCUCGUGGUGACGUGGCAGCCAAGACGUGGAAGUUUGGGACUUCUCUUCCACCGCAGCAGAAUUUGGGGGGUGGGCAGGGGUGGGUCAGGGGGACACUGGGAGUCGCAAGACCCUUCACCUUCACUGUGGGCUUGGCUCAGGGAUGACUACGGGCAGAGUCAACCCUUACAGCAUCGUGUCCUCUGAGGAAGACGGGCUGAGGUUGACCACCAUGCCAGGUAUCAACGGCUUUGGCAAUGGGAAAAUCCACACCAGGAGGAAAUGCAGGAACAGGUUUGUAAAGAAGAACGGUCAGUGCAACGUGGAGUUCACCAACAUGGAUGACAAGCCACAGAGGUACAUUGCAGACAUGUUCACCACGUGCGUUGACAUUCGCUGGAGGUAUAUGCUCUUGCUCUUUUCCCUGGCAUUUCUGGUGUCCUGGUUAUUGUUUGGGCUGAUUUUCUGGCUAAUUGCACUCAUUCACGGAGACCUAGAAAACCCAGGUGGAGACGAUACUUUCAAGCCUUGCGUUCUGCAGGUCAAUGGCUUUGUGGCUGCUUUUCUGUUCUCCAUCGAGACCCAAACGACGAUCGGGUACGGCUUCCGCUGCGUGACCGAGGAGUGUCCGCUCGCUGUCUUCAUGGUGGUGGUUCAGUCCAUCGUGGGCUGUAUAAUCGACUCUUUCAUGAUUGGUGCAAUAAUGGCAAAAAUGGCCAGGCCCAAAAAACGGGCCCAGACAUUACUUUUCAGCCAUAACGCAGUAGUGGCGAUGAGAGAUGGAAAACUCUGCCUGAUGUGGAGAGUUGGGAACCUACGGAAAAGCCACAUAGUAGAAGCCCACGUACGAGCUCAGCUAAUUAAGCCCAGGAUCACAGAGGAAGGGGAGUACAUCCCGCUCGACCAAAUAGACAUUGACGUGGGGUUUGAUAAAGGCUUGGACCGUAUUUUCUUGGUGUCUCCCAUCACCAUUCUCCAUGAGAUCAACGAAGACAGCCCCUUGUUUGGGAUCAGCCGCCAGGACUUGGAGACAGAUGACUUUGAGAUCGUCGUCAUCCUGGAGGGCAUGGUAGAGGCCACAGCCAUGACGACGCAAGCUCGGAGCUCCUACCUGGCCAGUGAGAUACUGUGGGGCCACCGCUUCGAGCCCGUCUUGUUCGAGGAGAAAAACCAGUACAAAGUAGACUAUUCCCACUUCCACAAAACCUACGAGGUCCCGUCCACCCCCCGCUGCAGCGCCAAGGACUUGGUGGAGAACAAAUUCCUGCUGCCCAGCACCAACUCCUUCUGCUACGAGAAUGAGCUGGCCUUCAUGAGCCGCGACGAGGAAGAGGAAGACGAUGACAGCCGGGGUCUGGAGGACCUCAGCCCGGACAACAGGCACGAGUUUGACAGGCUUCAAGCCACAAUAGCGUUGGAUCAGCGGUCGUACAGGAGGGAGUCAGAAAUAUGACACUUGGUCCUUCCGUUGACUUUUCCAAGGGUAUUUUUUUUCCUCCUCUAAUCUCUUCCCCUACAACCCGCUCAAAUUAUGCAGAACAAUGCAAGUGCCAUAGGAAUGCUUGAGAAAUUAGUAUCGUUCAUAGUUUUCAGUUUCAUCGCAAUAACCACUGAGCGGUCUGCAGGAGGGGACGGUGGCAGGCCACGGCGCGUCCCCCGCGCCCGGCGCCCGCGGCAGGGCCCACGGCUCUGGGGGAUGGAUGGACAGAUGGAUGGAGGGAUGGGUGGAUGGAUGGAUGGAUGGAUGGAUGGAUGGAUGGACGGAAGGAAGGAAGGAUGAGGAGAGGAGGGUCCGUGGGGCAUGGGCAGGUGCUCGCCCCACACGGCCCCGUGGGGCUUUGCUCUCCCUGCGGGGAAAACGCCAGCGUUUUCCUGGAGCUGAGCACUGCGAGAUCCAAAAAAGAGGAAAUAUCAGGAAACAAAUCUCACUCUCUCUCUUUUUUUUUUUUUCCUUUUAUUUUUUAACUGAGCAGCAACAACAAAACCAUUGCUCCUUUGGCAGGCGGUCUGGUUCAGUUGCACAAGAACAACACUUGAAAUAACAUGCAACAUUAAUGUACUUCUUUUUAAUUUGGGAAAAAAUGGGGGAGGGAGGUGAGAGGGUUUUUAAUAUUUUCACCGCACCGUUUGGGAGACUGUUUACCAAAAUAAUAAUAAUAUUAAUUAUUAUUAUAAAAAUAAUAAUAAUAAUAAUAAUAUUAAAUCUGAAAGAAGUCAUUCAGUAUUUUUUGAAAAUGAACAAGGGAAUGAAGAAGCCGCCAGGGUCUUUUGAGGGGGUGACUUGUUGGGUAAAUGCAAGAGCUAAAAGUUAAGAUUGCGUCCAAUUUUGGGGUGUUUUUUUACCACUGGCAUGGCUUCAUAGGCAGAAAACACAUGUAAGUGACUAUAGGUCUGUGGCAGUGAAAGAAAGUAGUGGAAUUAUUGACAAAGGAGGUAAUAAGGAUUAGCAGGGCUGUGAGAGAAAAAAGCAUUGUAAACAUGGUAAUUAGCCAGUUUCUGGAAAUGUUGGAUUUUGGGGUGGAAAUGGGGUCUGGAGCAUUAGCUGCUGAAGUGUUGGGUCUUCCCCAGCAUCUCUGAUGGGGAAUUCACAAGGUUCACCAUAAGAGUGAAAAGCACAAAAAUGAGAGUGGAGAGCUCUCAAAAUUGGGUAUUUCCCAACUUUUCUGACCAAUUUGGUAUUUUUCUUCCUUGAAGAACAUUUUCAAAUGUAGAAAUCAAUGGGAAAGUCAUCUCGUUGGGCUGCACUUCGAGUCCUGGAGCUGUGUCCGUGCCAGGCUGGGCUUUAUGAAUUCCCAACCCACCAGAGAGUCCUGCUUCAGAGGCAGAUGUUUUCCCCAAAAGAACAGAUGCCAGUUGAGAAAAUCACCCCAUCUUGCGCUUCAGCCCAUCCCUGUGUCCCGGCCUCAAGGUGGAUUGUGCCUUAGAGAUGCAGACUCAUCCCGUGUCCCAGCCCUUCUCCACAGCCCCCAUCCUGCAUCCCCUCCUCUGGGUGAUGCCCCUUUUUCUCUGCAGCACCCACUCCCCUCAUCCACCGCCUUUCAGGCUGGCCUUGGUGACAACCUGCUUUAGCUUUAGCUCUGGCACGAGGCAAAGCACCCCAUGCACGGGAAGCCUCCGCUCCUGCCCUGCUCCCCAGAGAGGGAAGGAGUCAGAGAGGUGCAGGUUUGUGGGUCCCUUCAUCUGGUUGUGCUGCUCGUUGGUGCUCUGGGAGCCAAAAUCUGGCUCCCUGAUCCCUGUGGCCACGGGAAGGGCUUUGUACCCAUGGGCAUCCCUCAUCUGACCGUGGGCACAGAGCCCUUGGGGAGAGGGCUCAACAGCAGGGUCUUCCAUGGCAUUUUGGCUGUGAUGGGCUCCUGGUGCUUUUCCCCCCACAGCCCACACCAGGGAAGCUGUGUCCUGGGGUCAGGACUUGCUGUGGUGUGUCCAAACAUGGGUGGCAGAAGCAGGAUUUGUCCUGUGUCCCCAUCCCCAUCUUCUUCUUGCCAAGGGCUCGGGGGAACUGCUGCCCUGAGUGUCCCACUGCCCCGUGCCACCGAGCACCGUGCUGGGGACAUCACCCCUGCAGAGUUUCUUCCCACCAGGGUCUGUCACCAUCACCCCACACUGCCCACCAAGAGGCUGCUCUGUUUUUGGCUUCCACUAAAAACCUCUGGGAGAAAACCUUCUCCAGGGGCAGCACUGGGAGGCAGAUUUUUCAGCACUGAGUGCCCCAAAUGCGUUUUCCCCGAAUGUGGGGACACGUAGGGAUGUGCCAUUGAGCUCCAGCCACGAUAUUUCUCUUUCUAAGGCAGCGAAGGCGGAUGCCAUCCCAUCACCAAUCCCUUUGCUCCUGGGGGGAUGCUUUUGCCCCCUGCUUUUUGCACCACAGCAUCUGGGGGGUGGGAAGGAUGGAGGGGGGGGCAGAGAGAUUUUGUGUGAGCACUACUUAUUUAUUUUUUUAAAACAAAUGCUUUUAAGUGGUUUUAGGUUCUUUUGAAUAAAUAAUAAUUAUUAAAAAAAAAAUAAAAGGUGCACAUCUUGCUGCUGUAGAGUUCUCAGAGGGUUAAACUUCUUUAUAAAUAUAUAUAUAUAUAUCACAGUAAAUAUUUGUAUAAAAACGAAAGAGAAAUAGAGAUGUCUUUAAGUAAAUUAUUGCUUUUAAAGAAACUUCUAUGAUUGUACAGUGUUACCUGGGAGAAUAGAAUAAUAUAUACAGAUGUAUUUUUAAACUGCUGUGUAGGAGGAUGUGAACUGGGACAGGGAGCGCCUGUGGCUGGCACAGUGAGGGGAUUUAGGACCUUCCCUGGCCCCUUUUCACUCACCCCCUGCCCCAAACCCUGCUAGUGAGGGUCUAGCUCUGGUGAGACGUCCUGUAUCUACUGUAUAGUCCUUGUCCUGACCAUGGACCACACCGGUACAUAGUGUAUAAAUAUUAUUUUUGCCUACCUGUGAGAGCUCAGAGCUACUGGUCUUUUUUUCCUACCACCAGGGAGCAUCGGGAAGGCUGCCCAGCCAUAGCUUAAAUCCCAUUAAUUGUCUAAAAAAGGGGUAAAAAAGGGGAAAAAAAUUUAAAAAGGUGGAAAAAGCCCAAGCUCAGCAUUUGGGUUUCCUUAAGGGGCUGGGAAGACACAAGGAUGCUCUGUGGGUGUGGGGUUUUGGGGAGUGGAAUCCCUGUGGGAAAGGGCUUGCAGACGAGCAAGGUGAAAUGUCCCCCUCAAAAAAAAAACCCCAGCCGCCGGCCAUUUCCUCGAGCAAGCCAGCUCCAUCCCUGGAGUUCACUUGAUCCUUGGAGGACGGCAGGAGGCCGAGAAAGGAGAGAUAAUCCUCUUGGCCAGCAUCCCGUAGGGAUUGCCCCGGGCCGGGGCUCCGGCAGCAGCAGCUCCCCGAGCUGGGGUCAUCCCCGCGCCCCAAAGCCACCCCUGGGAAGAGCAUCCUGUGCCCUGGGGGCUCCUCACUCGGCCGGGGGCCAUCGGGAUGAGCCUUAGCUUCUCAUCACCCAAUUUAGUGCACUUUGUCUUUUAGGGCUGGGACAAUCACUUAGCGCUCAACCUUUCUCGAUUCGGUGCCUGCUUGACCUUCAAACCUUUUGUAGGAGAUGACUUCAGAGCCACCUUUUCUAUCUUUAAUAAGGCAGAACAAAUACGUUUAUUUUUAAACCCUCCUGCUCUUUCCUCUCGUGCUGACAACCAAAAGAGUCCCCUGAGUGUGCUGUCCCCUCCUCUCCCAUUUCUUGCACGCAGAAAGGAGCGUGUGGCAGCCGUGUCCGGCCCCCUCCUGCUCUCCCACCCCCCAAUUCAGGAACGCUGCCACGGGGGGGUUGGCACAGGGCAGGGUCCGGAUGGGUCACGAGCAGGGACAGGACGUGGGGCAGUGCCCGACCCGAUGCCAUCCAUUCCCCUCGCCCACCAGCUGUGCACAUCUGUCCUGCUGCCCGCUCCCAGGGCGCCGUCUCCCCUCCAUCUCCCCCCCAAACACACCCCAGUGCUCCCCCAGGCUCAGCCCCGCGUGGGUUUGGGGUCGGAGACCCGACACCAGUUCACAGGGCAGGCUGGCAACUGGGAGCACUGGUUUCCCAGGGGUAACACGCUGAGUCUGUUCGCUGGGGCAGUGGUGGUAGAGAAGCUGAGGGAUGCAAUGAAUUAUCUGUACCUUUUCCACCUCCGGUGUUUCUCUGUCUCAUUGCACAUAUAUUUGAGAUAUAUGUGACAAUGUAUAUAUAUAUUUGUAAAAUGUAUUUCAGAUGACAAAACUGGCCAAUUUUAUGUUAUUUUAAAUAUAUUAUAUAUAUUAUAUAUAAGAGUCUCCAAAAGAUAUAAAUAGACUAGAGAAAAUAAUAUAAAUAUGUAAUAAAUGUAUUUUGAUCUAUUUAAAAUAUCUCGCGUCAUGCUGUAUAUUUUAAAGAUCAUAGUGAAGUGUCUGCCUGUAGCCAACUUCCAACGUGUUUCCAAGUCUGUCAGUUGUCACACACACAGGAUAUGUGGAGCAAACUUUGAGCAAGACUGGGGCCAGCACGACAAACAGAGAUUAUUUUUAAGAGCCUUUUAGCAAAUAUCCAUCCUGCUGCCUUUAAGCAGGAGCAAAAAAACCACACACCUGAAUUUUUCUUGGGAGGAUAAUUUUCCUCCCUGCUGCAGGAAUGCUCAGAAUGAUGGGGGGGCUCUGCAGAGGCCCCCCAAACACAGCCCCUCCCUGGGUACCGCUGGCUGCAGUGCCCUGCCCUGAUGGGCUCUGCCCACAAGAGCGGCUCAGCCAUGCAGGGAGCCCGGAGAUGGGAAAAUGUGUCUGGAGCCCAAGCAGAACAAAACCAGUCAUCCAAGACUGACCCAACAAAUCUUUCCAGAGCGCUCUUGGUCCCCCUGGGCCCUGUGAGGAGCUUUUUCCUGCGGGCAUUGCCUCCUGUGUGACCUCAGGGGACAUCACACCACAUCCAGGUGACAGUUUAAAUGUCUUUAAUGGUGCGUCACGGCUGAAGGGAAGCGGAGACAGUGUGUGAGAUGCUAUUUAAGGAGAGGUUAAUGGCCUGGUGGACACAGAGCCCCUGGAUUUGCCAUCCUGGAUUUUCCUCCUGGCUUUCACACCUGGCUGCCACAGGGAACGGGGCUCAUGUACUGAGAUAACCUGGGGAAAUUAUCCAUCAUCGUUCCUCAGGCUGGGAAUAGGGCUCAAUCCACUUCAGGUGACUGGUGGCCGAUAAUUUCCACCCACCACUAACGAUCUGUUGGGUCCCAUCAGCUCCAUCCUUUUUGCCAUAAGGAAGUUUUUUACUCAUUAAAAAAAUACCCCAGCCAGCCACUCACUCUAAUAACCACAGAGAGGGCUGGGGCUAAGCAAGAUUUAAGAGCAAAGCCCGUUUAAUUUAGCAAAGGAGGAGACUGAGGUGACUUGAUUACAGCAUUUGUCAUGGGGAGGAUACACUGGUACAAAGAGGUAACUUAAUCUAGCAGGGAGAGGCAUAAUAACCACCUCUUCCUGGAAGCUGAAGCCAGACAAAUCUAUCUUGGAAAUAAGGAGCGAUCUUUUAAUAAUGAUUAGCUAUUAGAACAAGCCACCAAUCUCUGUCUCUUAAUGCCUUUAAAUCUGGACCAGAUGCUUUUCUGGAAGCUUUUCUCUUGCCGCGGAGAGGAGCGGGGGUUCUUGGGGACGGUAAUGGCCUGCUACAGGCAGGCAGGAGAGGAGAUGGGGGAAAAAGCUCUACUCCAAAACACGGGCUGGAUCUCGGGAAGGAAAAUGCCAGGGUGGAGGCGGGGGAUGCUCUGGCAGGGCCCUGCCAGCAUCUCUGCUGGGGACACGCACGGGCCCGUGCAGCAGCUUCCCACGGCUCCCGUGCCUCCGCUCUCAGGGUUUGCUUUGCCAUGCGGCAGUGACUCCUCACACAGCCGUUUGCACUACAAACCCCAGCGCUUCAUUUGUGGAAGCAUUUAAUGAUUCAGGAGCCGGCAGCUCCCUGGGGAUGGUUCCCACUGCCUCCAGAAUUCCUCCCUCGGUGGCUGCUUGUACAGAAAUCCCCAGGGAGCUGAGCUGAUGCUGGCACCACGGGAAAUGUGCUGUUUGGUCUUUGCUUUGUUUCCAGUCCAACCAUCCUCAUCCUCGAGAGCUGAACUGAGGGGUGGGAGCAGCAGGGAUGGGAAGGCAGUGAGUGGCUCUGAGGGGAAUGACCCUGCUUACACCUCACAGACCUGGCUGGAAAGUUUUCAGCAGGGAUGGGCACCAGUGUAAUGAGUGUGGGGCUUUUUCUUGGCUGGCAACCUCCACUUUUAAUAUUCAAGAUGUCUUUAAGGGCUAAAGCCCUCUCUGAACUCAGCAUUGCACCAGCCCUCACUGACUGCCCUCCUGCCCCUUUCCCUUCGGAUUCAGGAGACCAAAGCAUCUCUCUGUGCCUUUGCCAGAGGUUUUUUGCCUCCCCAAAAGCAGGGUGUCCUUUCAUAAGCUUGGAUGGGUUUGGCUCAAACCCACUGAAAUUUGGCUGAGCCAAUCUGUCAUCAAGGGGCAGAGAGUGGGCAGAGGGGUUGGGAACUCUGUAUUCCCACCAGGACCUCGUCUCAGAGGGAUGAAGGCAAGGAACUUUGCCCUGGCCCCACUGGAAAUGCUGCUUCUCCAUCCAGCUUGGAUUCAUCCUCUCUCCAGGCUGCUCCAAGAGCCUCAAACCCUACAGAUCCCUCUGAAUUUGGUCCCACCCAAGUUGCUCCAGUGCCAUUCCAGGUGUCUGGGAGGAGCUCGGGUAGCCAGGGAUGCUCUGGGUACUGCAGGGCCAUACCCAGGGAUGCUGGGUUGUCUCUGGGGGUAACCAUAGUAACGGAGCAGCAUCUCUGCUCUCCUGCUGGCAAUUUGCUUUUUCAUCCUACAUUAAGGUGGACCCUCUCCAACUUCUUUCUCCCCCUCCAUAAAGGCAAUACCAAGAGCUCUCCCAGAGGGGCCAGCUCUUCUAUUCCAUCCCACACCAGGUUUCAUCCCACAGAAAACCGGGAUCCUGCCAGGGAACCAGCCUCCAGCAUCCUGCAGGGAGUCCAGGAAGGCUGAGGCUGGAGUUUCUCCUUAACACAGAUUUAUAAUUGUGAGUGGGACAAAAUUAGGGGUUUCCUUACACUUGUUGUUAACAGGUCACCGUCAAGGUUAAAAACCUCAAAUGCUUUAAUUUUUUUUUAAUUAUAAAAUGCCUCUACUAGCAAUAACACUCCGGCUUAUUAAUAUGGAUUGGGGUUUUUUUCAGUGCAGAAUGUAAUUAUCACCCGUUAAGUACUUUGUUCACCUUUCACAUUUCUCCUCGCUCGGGAAAGGCAAACACAUGAGUCAGCGUCCCUUUUUCUGUCACUUUUAGGCAGAUUUUUUUUGUGACAAGCCAUUGUGAAUCAGCACAACACUGCAAAGUUCAGGUCACAAACGCUCCUGAGAGGCUGCUCACAGGGAAAAACUGUGAUUUUUUUAAGAAGGAGGUGAAGGACGUCUCCUGUCUUGACCCUGGGCUUUGGGGAGAAACCCCAAAUGAAUAAAUUUGGAAUCAAACUGGGCUCGGUGGUGCUGAUUUAAGGGGAGAAGUGAGAAGGGUUUCCCGUGGGAUAUCAGGAUGGAGAAGAUGUGUGCAAGCUGACAGAUCAGCAACCCUUCCCCAGCGAGUCGACACUCCCUCUCCUCUUCCCCUGCAGCUGGCACAUUUAUUUUGGAAAUACUUCAUUAGUAUGUAAUUAAACCUUCCCCUCUUUGCCUGACGACCCCGAGCAUCACUGCCACCCCCCGGGCUGGGGCGUUCCUCGCUGUCCCCUGUCCCAAGGUGGGGGUGCGGGCACUCCGGGGUGGCACUGGCGGGGGGGAUGGCCCCAAAAGCCGGUUUUCCGUGGGUGGGCAUCCCCUGCUCGGGGGCUUGCUGUCCGUUUGGGUUCGUGGCUGACUCAGCCCCAGAUGGUUCUGCGAGCGCUUAUGUAACGCGUGUUUUGGCGGGGGCCGGGACGCG